AUGUGUAACUCUGACACUCUUGAAACUCCUGACUAUAUUCUGUUACAUUGUCAAUUUGCCAAGUCAGUUUGGUCGCUAACCCCAUAUGUUGACUUGAUUGCGCAAGAUAGUAAUUCUUCUAUCAGCCUCCAUGACUGGGUGGUCAAAUGGAUUACUGUCAACAGUUUGAAAGACAAGGCUACUGUUGUUUUCACAAUUUCUUGGAGUAUUUGGAAAGACAGAUGCUCUUGUGUUUUCCAAGGAAAAACCUUAAACCAUCAUGUUACUGCUAGAUUAGCAAUGAAACUGGUCACUGAAUCUGAGACCUAUUUAAAUGAUGCUAUAUCACAAGAGUUUGCACAUGUACCUUCUACUGAAGAGAAAAAUCUUUCCACAAUCACCAAUUCUUUGCCACCUGAUUGUGUCCUCGUUUUCAGUGAUGCUGCUUUUGAUAAAAGUACUAACUUGUCUGGUAUUGGUUUAAUAAUGUUAAACAUUGCAGAUUCUUUCAUUGGAUGCAAACUCAAAGCAGGUUCAGUAAGGAAUGCAUAG